ACAAACAGAGAUACCUGUACACACACACAGACAUGUACAUACACACACAGAAACAUGUACACACACACGCACAGAGACACAUGUACACACACACACACACACACAUACAUGCACACACACGCAGACACAUGUACACACAUACAUGUACAUACACGCAGACACAUGUACAGAUACACAUAUGUACAUACACACAGUCACAUGUACAAUUGUACAUGCAUACACACACACACACACCCAUAAAAAGUUGCAGUACUUCGUUUUUCACUCACAGAUCCGGGUACUGCACUCUAGGGGGAGGCAGAGAGCACAGCACACACUCCUUCCUUUGCUUUCACUGCGCUCAGCUAUUGAGCAGUCUGACGGCUCCCAGUGCCAAUGACAGAUCUGGCCUGAGCUCCGAGCCUGCGCAGCAAGACGGCCCUGGGGGACACAUUCGCCCCACCAUAAUUUCCACUCGCAAUUGGCGAGCGGGCGAGUGGAAAUGUCAAGUCCUGAACUAGGGU